UCGGCGUUACCAGAAACGGCUACAUGAAAUGGUUCUUAUCAAAUCCCCCUCUCCCUUUAAGCCCGCCUUUCGUCUUUUAAACCUCUCUCCACCCGUAGAACCCUCCACCGCCAAGGUCUUCGUAGAUUCGUAGUUACGAGAACCGAAAAAACUCCGUUUUUAUUUUUGCCAUUUUCCGGAUAUAAAGAAAUCAAGAAAAAAUCAAGAAAAUGUCGGACGGAGAAGACCCAGUACAGGCCUUCAUGUUGUUGGACGAUUGGCCGUCGGAGCCUUUCACCGAAGAGAACGACGGUGGCGAGUUGUACCUGGUGGGCUUCGUGACCGCCAACGUUGUGGGCCUCAGGUACUACACCGGGAAGGUCAACGGCGGCGAAGUGGUGAACCUUGUCCGUCAGCCCCUCAACGUCUAUGACUCCAAUGCUAUCCAAGUGCUCAACGUUCGCUCCCAACAAGUCGGCCACAUCGAGGCCUCCGCUGCCGAGGUCAUAUCCCCUCUCAUUGACUCCGGGAUAAUCACAAUUGAAGGUAUUGUGCCAAAGAUGCCCUGGGGAAGAAACCGGUAUAAGAUCGCAUGCCAAAUUCACAUUUUUGCCAGGAUAUCUGAAUUUGAUACCCUAAAAUGCAUAUUUUUAAGUGCUGGAUUGGACUUCAUUUCUAAAAAUGACCCUUCCUUGGCAUUAUCAGAGGCAGCCAUUGUGAAAGAACAAGUGAAUGCAGGUGAGAGGAAAAGCAUUGAUGAGAUUUUUAAACUAUUGGAUGAGAAGGUGGGCAAGAAGGCAGUUUUGGGGACAUUGGACCCUCCAAAUGCUAUUAUAAAAUCCGAACUUCUUUCACAUCAGAAGGAAGGAUUAUGGUGGUUAGUCCAGCAGGAGAUAGCUCAUGAUUUGCCUCCUUUCUGGGAGGAAAGAAAUGGUCUUUAUGUCAAUGUAUUGACAAAUUACUGUAUGGAUAACUGUCCUGAUCCUAUCCGUGGUGGGAUUUUUGCAGAUGACAUGGGUUUGGGUAAAACUCUCACUCUAAUUUCAUUGAUUGCUUUUGAUAAAUAUGAAAAAUUGGAGGAAAAGGAAAAUAUACCUGUUGCUUCUAUUAGUGAGGGCUCUAGGCCUAGGAAGAAGUUAAAAUCUGAAGAUACCCAAAGCAAAUUAACGAGUUUUAACAUGGUCUCUUCUUCAAAUAUGAGAACAACUCUAGUGGUAUGUCCGCCGGCUGUUUUCUCAGUGUGGAUAACACAGCUAGAAGAGCACACUAAAGUAGGUUCAUUGAAGGUUUACUUGUAUUAUGGCACCAAGAGGACUGGAGAUGUCAACAUGUUUCAAAAGUAUGAUAUAGUUUUGACCACUUAUAACACUUUGGCUAGUGAAGAUGCGUUGAGGGACUCACCAUUAAAAAUGAUAGAGUGGUGGAGAGUUGUUCUUGACGAGGCACACAUGAUUAAGAAUGUGAAUGCUCAACAGAGUCGUGCUGUUAACAACUUGAAAGCCAAACGUAGAUGGGUGGUGACUGGGACUCCAAUUCAGAAUAGCUCGUUUGAUUUGUAUUCAUUUAUGGCGUUUCUUAGGGUCGAGCCUUUGUCUGUGAAGAACUAUUGGAAUAGUUUGAUACAGCGGCCUCUUUCUCAUGGAGAUCAGAAGGGGAUUUUGCGGCUUCAGGUAAAAUUACUUUUUUGGAGGCUUUGAUGGAAACACUGUCAUUGAGAAGAACAAAAGACAAAACGCUGAUUGGAUUGCCAGCAAAAACUAUAGAGACUUAUUUUGUGCAACUCUCUGAAGAAGAAAGGGAAAUUUAUGAUAAGAUGGAAUUGAAAGCACAGAAAAUCAUUAAGAACUAUAUCUCUGAAGAAAGUUCAAUGAAAAGUUAUUGGACGGUAGUGAGCGCACUUGUGCGCCUUCGACAAAUUUGUGCAGAUGUUGCACUGGUUCCCGUGGAACUUCGAGAUUUACUUCCAACAAGUCAAAUUGGAGAUGUACAAAACAACCCGGAACUGCUGUCCAAGAUGCUUAUGGCACUACAGGAUGAUGAUGGCCUUAGCUGCCCAAUUUGCUUAUCACCCCCCAAAGACACUGUAAUCACAUGCUGUGCUCACAUUUUUUGCAAGAAAUGCAUCCUCAAGACACUCCAGCAAAGCAAGCCGAGCUGCCCGAUGUGUCGCCAUCCACUUACGGAGUCCAACCUCUUCUUUGCACCUUCUGACACUUCCAAAUCAGACUGUGAAGGAAAUGGCCCUUCCUCAAAAGUAGUUGCCCUUAUCGACCUUCUCCUCGCUGAACGUGAGCGGGACCCAACAGUAAAGUCAGUUGUGUUCUCGCAGUUCCGCAGUAUGCUGCAUUUACUUGAGGAGCCACUGAAAGUUGCGGGUUUCAAGAUACAACGGUUGGAUGGGUCGAUGAACGCAAACAAACGGGCCCAAGUUAUUAAGGAGUUUGGUGUCCCAGCCCCUGAGGGGGCCACGGUCCUACUCGCAAGCCUCAAGGCUUCGGGAGUCGGAGUAAACCUCACGAUGGCGUCAAGGGUUUACUUGUUUGAUCCUUGGUGGAACCCGGCCGUGGAGGAGCAGGCCAUGGACCGUGUGCAUAGGAUCGGCCAAAGGGAGGAGGUGAAGAUCGUGAGAAUGAUUGCACAGGACACUAUUGAGGAGAGGAUACUUCAACUACAAGAGAAGAAGAAAUUUUUGGCUAGGGAAGUUUUCAGGAAGAAGCAAAACUCCCGAGAUCAAAGGGAUAUCAGCGUAGACGAUCUCAUCACCUUGAUGAACUUGUGAGUUCUUCACUCACUCGAUGCAUAUCUGCUUUUUGCAAGAAUUGAUUUUUAUGGGAGGUGUUCUGACAUAACCUAUAAGUUUGUGGCAUUUUUCAAAAUGGUGCUCCAGCUCUAUGAUGCAUAAAAAGCUAUAUUAUUAAAUCUUGCGUCGAUGUAAUAUCCAAUACAUUUAUAAAUGCACAUCUCACCUUUUGUGGCUUAUUGUUUAAAACGAUAUUGGCUCGAGAAAUCAGGUUUAA